AUGGCAGAGCUGCUUGUGCUCGAACUGACCAAUCAGAGCCGAGCAGAGCCGGCGAUUUAUACUGCGAGCCGCGAGCAGCGUCAGUCAGUCAGUGCAGGACAGCGAGGCGGACACACACAGGUACCGGGAGGGGGCUACCGGGAGGGGGCUACCGGGAGGGAGCUGAUAUCGGGGGUAUAGUAAGAGGCGGACACACAGUUACCGGGUACUAUUCUCUCCGGUAUGGGAUGUUUAGUAAGAGGCGGGGGGGGGAUCCUGACAUGUGGCCCUCAGUGUGGGGCAGGGAUAGGCAACCUUCAGCACUCCAGAUGUUGUGGACUACAUUCCCCAUAUUGCUGACAAAGCAUCAUGGGAGGUGUAGUCCAAAACAUCUGGAGUACCAGCAAUUACGCCGCCUACAAUAGAAAAGUACGGCCUCAGUACCAAAAGCAAUAGAGGAAUUUUGACAUUAGCCCCUCAGUAUAAAACAAUAAGAAGUACGGCGUGUAGCCUCAGUAUAAAACAAUAGAGAGUACUGGCAAUAUGCCUCAGAAUAAAACAUUACAGCCUCAGAAUAAAAACAUGCGCAGCAAUGCCCCUCAGAAUAAAACAAUAAGUACGGCAAUGUAGCCCCUCAAGAGAUAAAACAAUAGAAGUACGGCGUAGCUAGCCCCUCAGAGAUAAUAAUACAAAAACAAUAAAGUACUGGCAAUGUAGCCCCUCAGAGAUAAAGCAAUAGAAGUACGGCAGUACUUGCCCCUCCAGAAUAAAACAAUAAGUACGACGUAGCCCCUCAGAGAUAAAGCAAUAGAAGUACUGACAUUAGCCUCAGAGAUAAAACAAUAAGUACGGCAUUAGCCCCUCAGGAAUAAAACAAUAGAGAGGCGAUAUGUGGCUCUCAGUAUAAGGCAAUGGGGGGGGGAUCCUGCCAUGUGGCCCCUGGUGUAGUUGUAUGGUGCAUUGUAAGGCCAUAUAUAACUAGAUGUCUUAACAUUGUGGGAUGGAUAAUGUGCUGGACAGGCUGGGGUGGGACUGACUGCUCUGAUGCACUGGGAGUUAUGUAUGAUUAAUUCUGGGGCAAAUUUACAAAAGUGGUUCACUGAGCAGGGCAAAUCCACUGGUUUCUGUGUUAAUUCGUUCAAUUGUAGAACCUUUCUGCAAAAUAUCUCUUUAUACAUAACCCUGGUAAUACCAGGUUUUGGGGGUGUCAGGCUGUGCAUAUCUAGGAGCUAACAGGGUUUCUGGAUAGAUCUUGCUGGAUGGUAGGGGUUUGGGAGUGGUGGUGGUUGUUGAAGUAGCUGAUAUAUGUUUGUGAAUUAGGGUGUCCAGAAGGACAGUUGGUAUAAAAGUUUUGUGGGGAGGGAGGGCAGCAGAGAACCUAGGUUCCUAUAAUGGGAGUAAACCUUUUUUGUUCAAGGUCAGUGUGUACAAAGGGCCCUCUUGGCGUUUGGGUAUGGGGUGGUAAUGCCCAGCUGGUUUUCCUACUCUUGUCUUGGUUUUGUAAGAAUGUCUGUCUGCAUCUAGCAUAUGAACUGUUAGAUCUGAGCUUGGAGUACUGAGAGUGGGAGUCUGACCAAGAUGCCUUUUUGUUCAGUUGCAUUGCAGGAUUUCCUUGUCGUCUAAAACCUCUGUCAAGAUGUCAAACAAUGAGAAUGCAGCCACCCUCCGACAAAGCAAGUUCAAGAACAAGGGAAAGGACACCUCAGUGAGUAGGAUUCCCGAUGCUUGGCCUCUAUGGUACUGGCAGAAGGAUGGCAACGUUUCUGAUCGUCUGUUUGCUUUUAGGAAAUGAGGCGAAGGAGAAUCGAAGUCAAUGUGGAGUUACGGAAGGCAAAGAAGGAAGACCAACUACUGAAACGUAGGAAUGUCAGCUCCUUCCCAGAAGAGCCAACAUCUCCACUUCAGGAGAAGAACCAAAAUGGACAGGUAGGUGGUGGUGCUCUGACGGUAUGCUGGCUACUAUUGUGUGAUGUAAUGGUAUAAGCUCCACAUCUGGUAAAUCCUCCAAAAAUAUCUAUUUGUGUAUUGGCAUUUAUACAAUGUAUCUGGAUAAAAGAAAUUAUGUGCUUUUUUUUUUUUUUAAUAGUUUAAUAUCUGGCAUCUAACCAUGCCACAUCAGCAUAAACUGCUUACCAUGAAAGCGUUAAAGAAUACAAUAGGCAUUAAAACCACUUUAGCUUAAAGGGAACCUAUAGUGUUAUAACUAGUGCCCUCUGGCCCCCAGCUCAGAAAGGGUUAAAGUACUUUGUUGAUGCAGCUCUGACUGUGACUGACACAGCCUGCAUUUAAAACAUCUGAUUUCAAUUAAAUGUUAACUUGCUUUAGAAGUUAUCUCCUGCUCUGUAAAUAGAACUUUAAAGGACCACUAUAGUGCCAGGAAACCUACUCGGUUUCCUGGCUCUCUAGGGUCCUUGGGUUCCCCUCUCCCGCCGGGCUCUAUGGUGAGGAAGGGUUUAAUCCCUUACCUUUAUUCCAGCACUGGGCUCCCUCGGCGCUGAGGACUCUCCUCCUAAUUUACUUUCAUCGGCUGAGUGCGCAUGUGCGGCAAGAGCCGCGCGCAUUGUCGGUCCAUAGGAAAGCAUUCUCAAUGCUUUUCUAUGGACGCUUGCGUCUUCUCACUGAAAAUCACGCUGGAUUAACCCAUAGGUAAACAUAGCAGUUUCAGAGAAACUGUUUACAGCAGAAAGGGUUAGUCCUAGAGGGACCUGGCACCCAGACCACUUCAUUAAGCUGAAGUGGUUUGGGUGCCGGGUCCCUCAGGGAAUAACCCUUUCUGCUGUAAACCUAUGGGUCAAUCCAGCCUCUAGUGGCUCUCAUUAACAGGCGCUUCCGUGCUUCUCACAGUGAUUUUCAGUGAGACGCCAGCGUCCAUAGGAACACAUUGAGACUGGCUGAAUGUUCGUGCCGCGCAUGCCUUUUCAGCCAAUGACAGGGAAAGGAGGCGGAGGCUCCCCACCGCCGAGGGAGCCCGGCGGUGGAGAAAAGGUGGUAUGUGUUUCACCCCUUCAUCACCCUAGAGCCUGGCGAGAGGGGGACCCUAAGGGUGGGGGAACCUAGAGACCCUAUAGUGCCAGGAAAACGAGUGGUUUUCCUGGCACUAUAGUGGUCCUUUAAGCUGAAGUGUUCUGGGUGCCUAUAGUGGUCCUUUAAUUACACACAAGGCUCCUGCAAAGACCAGGAGGCUAUUAAAGGGACACUAGUCACCCAGACCACUUCAGCUCAAUGAAACUGUUUACAUUUUGGGUUAACCCAGCCUCUAGUGGCUGUCUAGGGGGACCAUGAGGGUAGGGGGCACCCUCAGGGCACUAUAGUCAGGAAAAAGCUCUGUUUUACUGACACUAUAGUGUUCCUUUAACAAACCAGGACAUAAGAAAUUGGGUAAUACAUGAUGCUAAAAUACCUGGAUUAUUUUAUAGGAAGGCUAUGACAGUCACAUGCAGGGAGGUGUCAAGGGCUGAAUAAACAAAGUGAUUCAACUCCUAAAUGACUGAAAAUGCAGGGGCAUGAAUUACACACCAAAACGCCACUAAGCUAGUUUUGGUGACCAUACUGGCCCUUUAAAUGUACGCUACUACAUUACCUUACCAAGUAAGAGUCUUUGGCUACUCUAAAAUGUAAUGUGUAUUUAUUUACCAUUCCCAGACAUCCACCCAGUGGAGUGUUGAGGAGAUCGUCAGAGGCGUCAAUAACCCAAGCCUGGAGAUCCAGUUACAGGCUACUCAAGCUGCAAGGUAAGUAGGCCAAACUUUUACUAUAUACUGUCAGCAUUGGCACUGACAAUCACCUCUGCAUGAGACUGGAUAAAGAUAGUGUCUUCCAGAAAUUUGGAAAAUUACAGUAAAUGCAAAUUUCAAUCUACAGCUUCUGCGAUGAACUUGACAAAGGACAUUACUCGAUAGCAAUGUUCUUGUAAAGGAACACUCCAAACAGCAUAACUGCUACAAUAAACUAAUGUUUAUGCUUCCAGGAGUGCCCUUUUGCCCCUUAAGGACAGCACUUACAAAAUAAAAGGCCAGCAGGUCUUCCAUCAUGUGUUCUUAAAGGAACACAACAUGUCUUCCUGGCCCAAUAGUGUUAAACCUCAUCUAGCCCCCUUUAACCUAAUUAUAGUAAAAUCUCGCCAUUAUUUGAGUCUGCUGGUGCUGGCUCUGCCUCCUUGGCUGACAUCAUCAGAAGUGGUUGUCUGAGCCAAUCAUAAUGCUUUCCCAAAGGAUUGGCUGAGACUGUCAAGGUGGCAGAUCCAGUACAAACUGUUUGGCUCUGGCACUCUUGAGUGCUGUGCCAUAGGUUGCUGACCUCCCGAGCUAGGUCGUUUAGGAACAGUUCAUACACACUGCAGGCACCCAGACCAUUUAAAUUCCAUGAUGUCUAGCUACAUUUUUAAAGAGAAUACAAUACUUACAGCCUGUAGUAACUCUGUGAAACAAUGCUGGGCAUCCUCACCCUCUGCAUGAGGAUGUCAAUAAUCUUGAAAAUCCCCAUAGGAAAGCAUUGAUUCCUUAGUUUCCUAAGGUGCAUGGCAUUGGCUGUGCAUUAGGUCCUCUGUCUGACGUCGCAGGAGGAGAUGAAUCCAGCACCAAGGGACCUUGGAGCUGGCAUAAGAUAAGUGAGGAUUAACUCUUAUGACAAGGAUUUUUCCUUUAGUAUUGCUAACCUUAUAGUGUACAACUUUUAAUGUGGGACUUCAGACACCACAUCCACUGCACUGAGACUAAGUGGUUGGUUCCUGUGUAGAAUUCAAAUGCUGGUUUUGGGAGAUUUGUCAAAACAAUGUAAAAGCCUCAUGGCACUUUUUGAUAAGUUCAGACUUCCUCCAUUGGUCUAAGCCACUUUCUGAUCUGGGGGAGCUCACUGCAGAAGCUGACAACACUGCCAUUUCCUUUAAAAGAACAUGCCAGUUACUAAUGUCUUCAAUCAGAAGUGGGUACAUACCAUAUCCCAUGUACCCCUGCUCAAUAUGCAGGGAUCCCACUUAAAUCAUGGGAGGGAAGUAAUUGACUGAGAUGACUUGGAACCAAUGCAUGUUUAGACCAGGAAGUGUCUGAGGUAGCAGAUACUCUGAAUGUGCAAUAAAGUUUAACGUGGUUUGUUUGGGUUUUUUUUGUGUGUGUGUGUAUCAGGCUGUAACUGACCUCCCUCACGAUCUCCCAUUUUUAUUUAGGAAGCUGCUUUCUCGUGAGAGAGAACCUCCCAUUGAUCGGAUAAUACAGGCUGGCCUGAUUCCGAAGCUGGUUUCUUUCCUGGGACAGACUGACUGCAGCCCUAUCCAGUUUGAGGCUUCGUGGGCGCUAACAAACAUCGCGUCUGGAAACUCUGAUCAAACCAAAGCUGUGGUAGAUGGCGGGGCUAUUCCAGCCUUCAUUUUGUUGCUUUCAUCUCCUCAUCCUCAUAUCAGCGAGCAGGCUGUGUGGGCUCUGGGUAACAUUGCAGGUAACUAUCAGAAGCUGAAGGGUUUGUGCAAUACUGUGAAAGUAGUUUAGGAUGUUCUAAAGAACAUGUUUGGAUUUCUGUUUAAAAGCCAGUCACAUGUAGCAAUUCAUAAAAUCUAAAGAUGUUCUGUUACUUAAAGAACCAUCAUUUAGGAAUAUAAACCUGCAUUCCUAAUGCUAUAGCAUCUUUAGGUUCCCAACCUGUGACUGUAAGGGUGGGGGGUGGUAAAAGGCAGUUUGAAGCUAUUCUCCACACUGCCAUCCCAAUGGCUGAUACUUGGUUUAUGAUCUAGACCCAGGGUGACCAAAAGAUCUCCAAUAUGUUCUAAAACUACAGCUUCCAUGAUGCUUUGUCAUUCUAAAGGCAUGCAGGCACACAAAGUAUCAUGGGAGUUGUGGUUCUACAACAUCUGGAAUCUACCGUUUGGGCAGCCCUGAUCUACAUCAAUCCAAUGCUUCCUCAUAAAAAGCACCGCCAACAGUGCAAAACUCAACAUACUGAGGGUGGUUUAAUACUUUAAUCCAUUGUCAUUCUUCCUGUUCAGGUGAUGGCUCAGCCUACAGAGAUCUGGUGAUCAAACAUGGGGCUAUUGAACCCCUGCUGAACUUGCUUGCUGUUCCUGACCUCUCUGCACUACCUGUAAGUAAAAUCACCCAGAGGCAUUGCCGUAAACAAUAGUGGUGUGGGUUUUAUUUCUUUACGUAUAUUCCCCCACUUCUGAGAGAUGUGCAGAGUUACCAUUUAUCUAUCGCUGUCUUCUCAGACUGGCUACCUAAGGAAUAUCACCUGGACACUGUCUAACAUGUGCCGCAAUAAGAAUCCAGCCCCUCCAAUGGAAGCCAUUACACAGCUUUUGCCCACUCUGGUCCGACUGCUGCAUCAUGAUGACCGUGAAGUCCUAGCCGACACCUGCUGGGCAAUAUCUUACCUGACUGAUGGCUCCAAUGACCGUAUAGAUGUGGUGACACAAACUGGGGUGGUUCCUCGAAUUGUCCAUCUCUUGGGUUGUGGAGAGCUGACCAUAAUGGUGAGUAACCGCCUCCAACCCUUCACAACACUGUGGUCUCUGUAUUUUAGCAGGCAGUUGUCAACCCAACUAUCGUUGGAAUAUGACUGGCUAGCUCUCUUUUGAGCCUGUAUCAGACUUACUGUUUGACUCUCUUCCUCUCCAUCUCUAGACUCCUUGUCUGCGUACCAUUGGUAACAUUGUGACUGGGACAGAUGAACAGACACAGGCUGUCCUUGAUGCAGGUGCACUGGCAGUCUUUCCAGUCCUACUCAGUCACCACAAGAACAACAUUCAGAAGGAGGCGGCUUGGACUCUGUCUAAUAUAACUGCUGGACGCCAAGAGCAGAUCCAGGAAGUGCUCAAUAAUGGGCUAUUGCCUUAUCUCGUGGAAAUCUUAAUGAAGGUAAUUCCUUAUACUGAUUCAGAGACCACUUAAUUGCAUCACAGAUCCAAACACCCUAAUCAGAACACUGAAAAUAAAACCGACUUUUAGUAUCAUGUCUCCUAGAUCUUGUCUUGUAAGCGAACUAAUGCAUCACUCUCCAACAGGGUGACUACAAGACCCAGAAAGAAGCAGUGUGGGCUGUCACGAACUACACAAGUGGUGGUACUAUUGACCAGAUAAUCCACCUGGUCCAGGCUGGCGUGAUUGGGCCCUUGUCGAACCUCCUGUCAGCAAAGGACAGCAAGACCGUACUCGUUGUGUUGGAUGCCUUCUCAAAUAUAUUUGCAGUAAGCUAUGUCUAGAUAACUUCUUAUUGAAAGCCAGGAGCACUGUCAACUUGCUUUCUCCUAUCUGAAGAGUCAUGUUAAAUAAAACCUGGCUUAAUUUAAUUCCUUGUGAUAUUGAAAUUGUCAGUUGCUUUUGGUUUAACCCCCUACUAAUUUUGCUGUGUCCGUAGGCUGCUGAGAAGCUUGGAGAAAUUGAGAAGCUCUGUCUGAUGGUGGAGGAGUGUGGUGGCCUUGACCGUAUUGAGGCUCUUCAGGCGCACGAGAACGAACAGGUCUACAAAGUCUCUGCUGGCCUUAUUGAGAAAUAUUUCUCUACAGAGGUACGUACAGGACAAACUAGUACUUUGCUUAUUUGCAUGCCUUCAAAACUGCUUCUCAAUCUGUGUAGAAACUCUGCUCUUGGUUACAUGUCAGCAAGAAGUAGUUUCAAUCAUCUAAACCUGUAACAUCUUGUUUUAUGAAGUCAGUGGGUGGUUUCUGAAUGGGUAAGUGAUCAUUGUUGCAGUAAUGUGUAACACUUGUGGUUUAUUUUAUUUGUGAUUUUUAGGAGGAAGAAGACUCUUCUAUUGCCCCUGAAGCUACAGCUGAUGGCUACACCUUCCCGGUCCACGAAGGAACUCACACUACCUUUAACUUCUAAGCACUGACAUUUUAUUCUUCCUGUUUGUCUUUUUUCUAUGUGAAGUAGCACUUUCUCAGACUUGAAAUCUUCUCUAAUCCUGUACAUACUGUGAAUUCUUUACAUUUUUCUGUAAAGAAGUCCUCUUUUAGCUCACAAUGGGCUCAGGUCACCUGUUUUGGAAGACCACUUUUGUUCUGUGGUAGAUCUUGGGUGCUUUAACUUGUCACCACUAUGGCACACAGCAAUAAAAGAUGGGCCACAAUAGAGUACAAAAGACAAACCUAUGAAAUGUUGGGCACAUCUCUGGCUUUAAAAGUUGAUUUCCAACUCAUGGGUACUGUCUUUAAUGGUGGCUGUAUCUUUAAACAAACCCUGGCUUCUAUUUUUUUUUUUUCUGAAUUUAUUAAAUAAAGCUCUCCAGAGCACUGACAUACUUAGUGUCACAUUACAUGUGAUGCCGCAUGCUAGGCCUAUCUGUUAGCAGUUGUAAGCCAUAGCAUUUAUAUUCCCUACUGAUGGGAUCCCAGUUUACAUGUAGACAGGCAGUCUAUUUAAAAUUUGUCAAUAAAGCCUUUUCUAAAAUGAUCAAUUUGCUUCUGUUUAACUUGUCUAAACUGGGAAAUAAGUGGUAAUAGUACCAAUCUAGAAUCUUGUUACAUUCAAUGGAUCUUUAAUAUCAGUACUUGGCACUAUGGGGGAAUUAAACAUUGGAGGGGUUUUGUGCCUCUUGAUCACACCAAAGAUUUUAAUGUCAAUGGAGGCUCUACUUUUUUAAUCUGUGUUCUAAAUGGCUAAAGUAAUAUUAUACAGAGUAUUAUUUGGGUUAAAAUGCUUUUACUCCCUCCAAACUACAUGAUAUGAUCGGGACCAUAUGUAAUCUGAUAAUGCAAAAUAUUCUGUAAUAAAUACUUUAUAAGUUUUAUUUUGUCACACCUCUCCCUGAUAUAUGCAAAAAAAUACACAG